CUUUAAUCGAGACGAUACAUUAUUUAUGCGCCUUCACAAGAGUAAAGGGGGUCUCUCAAUUUCGAGGCUCUUUGAGAAGUGACUGCGACGACGGACUGUGAUUGGCAGAUGUGGGAUCAAAAAGCGAAUUUAAAGUUCGAUGCCUUGUGGUAGACGACCGUAAAUAUAUUAUUAUCAUGGCAGCGAUUGCUCCACCGAUCCAUCGUGGCAUGACGGUUUUGAACCGGGAUGCAUUCGUUAAAUCCUUCCAAACAUUGGGUGUUCGUGUUCCCGUCAAGAAAGUGGGCGAAUUCAUGAAAGUUUUCUCCACGCACUUGUUGAAUUUACCUCGUUUACGUAAUACGGUAUCGGAUCCCGAGUCAAAGGAUGUCAGGAUUGUUUUACUUCAAAAAGAUUUGAAAGAAGAAGAUCUUGCCAAUCUAGAACCUUCAAAAGCGGAAAAAGUCAAGGCUGAAAGCUUGGGAAUUGUGCAACACACGAUUGAAUUGGAUUAUAACUAUUGGACGGCUGAACAGAUUUUACAUGCAGUGAUGCCUGAGGAUGCGGUUGAUAUUCCCUCUUCUUAUACGCAAAUCGGUCACAUUGCUCAUAUGAACUUGCGCGAUGAAUGUUUACCAUGGAAGACAUUGAUUGGACAAGUGAUACUGGAUAAAAACAAAAACAUUACCACCGUGGUGAACAAAACAAACAACAUUGAUACCACAUUCCGUUUCUUCAAGAUGGAGAUUUUGGCGGGCCAAGACAAUAUGAUUGCCGAAGUGAAGGAGAGCAAUUGCCGGUUCAAAUUUGAUUUUUCCAAAGUAUACUGGAAUUCUCGAUUGCAUACGGAGCAUGAUCGUUUAGUUCAACAAUUUGAGAAAAAUAGUCGUGUCUGUGACGUAUUUGCUGGCGUGGGACCGUUUGCAUUACCUGCAGCGAAAAAGGGAGCCAUUGUUUACGCCAAUGAUUUGAAUCCGGAAUCCUAUCGAUGGUUAAACGAGAAUAAAACAAUCAACAAGAUAUCGGAUAAUUUACACACCUAUAAUAUGGACGGCCGCGAGUUUAUUAGACAAGCAGUCAAGGAUUUGCAAGCAACAGGCUCUGAUUCGGAAUGGAAAACGUUCAACCAUUUUGUAAUGAAUCUGCCAGCCACCGCUAUUGAAUUUUUGGACGCUUUCCGCGGAUUGUACCGUGAUCAGAAAUCGGUAUUUGAAUCUACACCGCAUGCCAAACUCCCAAUGAUCCAUUGUCAUUGUUUCACGAAAAGUCCCAAUCCGGCCGACGAUAUUGCAGAGCGCAUACAACAAGUGAUGGGAGCGCCCAUCGAUCGAACACAGAGCACGUUCCAUUGGGUUCGUAACGUGGCGCCUAAAAAGGAUAUGUAUUGCGUCUCGUUUCCCUUGAGUGCAGAAAUCGCUUUUGCUUCCAAGUAAGUGAUGAUGAUCCGAUGCAUGUUUAUUUUACCAAUCGAUGUUCAAAACUGAAAAUCAUCUUUCUUAGUGUCGAGAAACGAAAACGGGAGGCUGGCGAGGAUAUCGCCUCUGCCAACGUAGACAAAAACCCGAAAUUGGAAGAGUAAUAAAAAGAGCAAAAAAAAAGUGUGUUUUC